AUGGCCAGUAAUCACAAACCUUCAGCAGUUCGCCCUGUUUCUCGAGGUGGGAUUGGAUUGACAGGAAGGCCUCCUUCUGGAAUACGACCCCCGUCAGGAAAUAUUCGAGUGGCAACUGGUAUGCCACCUGGAACAGCAAGACCAGGCUCUCGUGGUGGUCCCGUAGGGACAGGAGGAGUUCUGUCUUCUCAAAUCAGAGUUGCUGAUCGUCCUGUAACACAACAAGGUUUGAGUGGAAUGAAAACUGGUAUGAAAGGUCCCCAGAGGCAAAUUUUAGACAAAUCUUACUAUCUUGGACUUCUUCGAAGUAAAAUAAGUGAACUUACAACAGAAAUCAAUAAACUUCAGAAAGAAAUAGAAAUGUACAAUCAAGAGAAUUCAGUAUAUUUGUCAUAUGAAAAGAGAGCUGAGACUCUAGCUGUUGAAAUAAAAGAGUUUCAAGGACAACUAGCAGACUACAACAUGUUGGCAGAUAAACUUAAUACCAAUACUGAAAUGGAAGAAGUAAUGAAUGAUUACAACAUGCUUAAAGCUCAAAAUGAUCGAGAAACACAAAGUAUGGAUAUUAUAUUUACCGAAAGACAAGCGAAGGAAAAACAAAUUAGAAGUGUAGAAGAAGAAAUUGAACAGGAAAAACAAGCAGCAGAGGGUAUAAUAAAAAAUAUGUCUCCUGAAAAACAAGUCAAGUAUAUAGAAAUGAAAACCACAAAUGAGAAAUUAUUGCAGGAAUUAGAUACACUUCAGCAACAGCUAGAUUCACUGAAUAUGAAAAAAGAGAGCUUGGAAUCUGAAAUAGCACACUCCCAGGUUAAACAGGAGGCUGUAUUGCUACAUGAAAAGCUUUAUGAGUUGGAGUCCCAUCGAGAUCAGAUGAUUGCAGAAGACAAAAAUAUGGGAUCUCCAAUGGAAGAAAGAGAGAGAUUGCUCAAGCAGGUUAAAGAAGAUAAUCAGGAGAUAGCCAGCAUGGAGCGGCAGUUAACAGAUAUAAAAGAAAAAAUAAAUCAAUUUAUUGAAGAAAUUAGACAGCUUGACAUGGAUUUAGAAGAACACCAAGGUGAAAUGAAUCAGAAGUACAAGGAGCUAAAAAAGAGGGAGGAAAAUAUGGACACUUUUAUUGAGACUUUUGAGGAAUCUAAGAACCAGGAACUGGAAAGGAAGGCACAGAUAGAAGCCAACAUUGUUUCGCUUUUGGAGCAUAGUAGUCGAAAUAUAAAUCGUAUGAAACAGAUAUCCUCUAUCACCAAUCAAGAGCUGAAGAUGAUGCAGGAUGAUCUCAAUUUUAAAUCUACUGAAAUGCAGAAAUCACAGAGUACAGCUAGGAAUCUGACUUCAGAUAGUCAGAGGCUACAGUUGGAUCUACAAAAAAUGGAGCUUCUGGAAAGUAAAAUGAUUGAGGAACAACAAUCUCUAAAAAACAAAAUUAAGCAACUGAUAACUGAUCUGGACACAUAUAAUGAUUUGGGAGCUUUAAAAUCAUCAGGUGAAGAAAAGAAAAAGAAGUUACAUCAGGAGAGAACAGUAUUAUCAACUCACAGAAAUGCCUUUCAAAAAGUAAUGGAGAAACUAAACACAGAAUAUGAGACACUAAAAACACAGCUGCAAGAAAACGAGACACAUUCUCAGCUCACAAAUUUGGAGAGGAAGUGGCAACACCAUGAGCAAAAUAAUUUCGUGAUGAAAGAAUUCAUAGCAACCAAGAGUCAAGAGAGUGAUUACCAGUCGAUUAUGAAGAAUGUGUCCAAGCAGAUUGCAGAGUAUAAUAAAAGCAUCAUGGAUGCUCUGCAUAGCAUGAGCAGAAACCGAGUCUGA